AUGUCAACUGAUGGCUAUCAGAGAGAAAAUCAAGAUAGUAAGCCUCCGAGUACCGUUUCGACUAAUAUUACACAAGAUAACGAAGAGAAAAUUAUUUUUGCUGACCCUGAUGAUACAAGGAAAGAGAAAAGCAUAAAUAACAAUUCUGCCAUUGUUCUUCCAGCUUCCGAUGAUCUUUGGAUAACUACAGAUAAAACAAGUACAACUGAAGAGAUUCUGAUUUUUCCGUCUUCCCCUUCUACAUCUUCACCUUUGGCAACAACAACAAAGAAGGAAGGAAGAGAAAAUUUUGCAGCAGGAUGUUCCACUGGCUAUAAACGUACAUCAGAUGGUAGAUGUAAGCCUACAUUUUAA